AUGAUAGAAGACCAAAGACCUUCAACUUCAUUGAGCAGAGGUAUUGAUGGAAGAAAGACUAAUUUACUCGAGUGGCAAGAGCUUCAACAGAGAGUAAAAUUUUACUGCGUGAAUCGUGGAUCACCUGAGCAUUGGCUUUUCUCUGGAAUUUUCAAGCGUGUUGAACUGCAGAAAGCUCUUGGAAACUCUCUCUCUUGGAAGGAAAGGUAG